UAAAAAAGCGGUCAAAAGUCAUGGUCGGUGGAUCGGUCGGCGAACUGUGUGUUGUGCAAUAGAAUCUACAAAGUUUUUAAAAUACUGAAAAUGGCGAACUCGAGAGUCAACACGUUGGAUCAAAAUUUCAUUACUUGUCAAAUUUGUUUUUCUGAAUUCAACGGUGAAACUAGAAAACCAAAGUUCCUGCCAUGCUGCCACACCAUUUGCCUCGAGUGCUUCCAGACUCUUCGUCGAGGGAACACUAUUUUGUGCCCUUUCUGUCGGACGCAUACAAGAUUUAACGACAACAGCAAUGGAGUAGAGUGGGUUCUUCCAACCAAUCAUUACGUGCUGGAAUUGCUCAGACUGAAUGAAACAGAUUUCUAUUAUGAUGUGAAUUCCAUGCCAUCUACUGCACCAGUCAGGGAGCCGGCAGAAGAGGUGGAUGUACAAUUUGCCCUUGCACAGGCCACACAAGAACAACAAGUGAUACUACCAACAGUAGCAGCUAUCUCACAGCCAACACACGAGCAUGACCAAUUGUCCCAAUUGAGACUUUCUCUGGAAAUAAGUGGUAGGGAGAUUGAAGUAGAAAUCUUGAAUGAAGCUAGGCGCCAGAGUUUAUCGAACCAGCAGCAGAGUCCCACUUUGCGUGACGUUGAUGGUCAUCGGGAACCACAAGGAAAUACGGAAGUAGUCCCAUCCACCCAACACACCACUACCGUGCCUAAUACAACCAGUGACGAUGAAGACCAGGAUGACUUUUCGAAUGAGGACAUUUUCUUAAUGUUUUUGUUAGGAUACUAUGUGUUAUAGUCUCCGCCUAGGCCCUACCUCCCCCUCCGUCUUGGCUCGACACCUGAGCCCCCUCGCGGCUCAUGUCGGCCCUACUUCCUUCCGGCCAUGGGCCAGUCAGUCUUACCUUAGUGUUCUGCCUGUACAGUACUCCCAUCCCGUCGUUCAAUACAGUUAGGUUAACUCGGA